CUCGGAAAAUUGAAAACUAUCUAAAUGAUUGUCUUCGGUUGGGCUGUGUUCUUAGCAAGCAGAAGCCUUGGCCAGGGUCUGCUGUUGACUCUCGAGGAGCACGUAGCCCACCUAUUGGGGACUACAGGUGCCACUACUACUAUGGGUAAUUCCUGUAUCUGCCGAGAUGACAGUGGAGCAGAAGACAAUGUUGACACCCACCAGCAACAGGCUGACAACAGUGCAGUCCCGACUGCUGACACUAGGAGCCAACCUCGGGACCCUGUUCGGCCUCCAAGGAGAGGCAGAGGACCACAUGAGCCAAGGAGAAAGAAACAAAAUGUGGAUGGGUUAGUGCUGGACACACUGGCAGUAAUACGGACUCUUGUAGAUAAUGAUCAGGAACCUCCUUAUUCAAUGAUUACAUUACAUGAAAUGGCAGAAACAGAUGAAGGAUGGUUGGAUGUUGUCCAGUCUUUAAUUAGAGUUAUUCCAUUGGAAGAUCCAUUGGGACCAGCUGUUAUAACCUUAUUACUAGACGAAUGUCCAUUGCCCACUAAAGAUGCACUCCAGAAAUUGACUGAAAUUCUUAAUUUAAAUGGAGAAGUAGCAUGCCAGGACUCAGGCCACCCUGCCAAACAUAGGAAUACAUCUGCAGUUCUGGGCUGCUUGGCUGAGAAAUUAGCAGGUCCUGCAAGCAUAGGUUUACUGAGUCCAGGAAUACUGGAAUAUUUGCUACAGUGUCUGAAGUUACAGUCCCACCCCACGGUCAUGCUUUUUGCACUAAUUGCACUGGAAAAGUUUGCCCAGACAAGUGAAAACAAAUUGACUAUUUCUGAGUCCAGUAUUAGUGAUCGUCUGGUCACAUUGGAGUUGUGGGCUGAUGAUUCUGAUUAUCUGAAACGUCAAGUUGGCUUCUGCGCCCAGUGGAGCUUAGACAAUCUCUUUAUAAAAGAAGGUAGACAACUAACCUAUGAGAAAGUGGACUUGAGUAACAUCAGGGCCAUGCUGAACAGCAAUGAUGUCAGCGAGUACUUGAAGAUCUCACCUCAUGGCUUGGAGGCUCGCUGUGAUGCCUCCUCCUUUGAGAGUGUACGCUGCACUUUUUGUGUGGACACUGGAGUGUGGUACUAUGAAGUAACAGUGGUCACUUCUGGUGUCAUGCAGAUUGGCUGGGCUACUCGAGACAGCAAAUUUCUCAACCAUGAAGGAUACGGCAUUGGGGAUGAUGAGUUCUCCUGUGCCUAUGAUGGCUGCCGGCAGCUGAUUUGGUACAAUGCCAGAAGUAAGCCUCAUGUGCACCCAUGCUGGAAGGAAGGAGACACAGUAGGGUUUCUGUUAGACUUGAAUGAAAAACAAAUGAUCUUCUUUUUAAACGGCAACCAGCUGCCUCCUGAGAAGCAAGUCUUUUCAUCCACCAUAUCUGGAUUUUUUGCUGCAGCUAGUUUCAUGUCAUAUCAACAAUGUGAGUUCAAUUUUGGAGCAAAACCAUUCAAAUACCCACCAUCUAUGAAAUUUAGCACUUUUAAUGAUUACGCCUUCCUAACAGCUGAAGAAAAGAUCAUUUUGCCAAGGCACAGGCGCCUUGCUCUGCUGAAGCAAGUCAGUAUUCGAGAGAACUGCUGUUCACUCUGUUGUGAUGAGGUAGCAGACACACAGCUGAAGCCAUGUGGACACAGCGACCUGUGCAUGGAUUGUGCCUUGCAACUGGAGACCUGCCCAUUGUGUCGUAAAGAAAUAGUGUCUAGAAUCAGACAGAUUUCUCAUAUUUCAUGACACAUGUGAAGAGAUAUCAUGGACCUGUUUCUACUCAAUUCCAACCAAUGUUGAAAAGAAAAGGAAAAAAAAAUCACGCAGACAUCUCUAACCAGUUGUAUGCACAUUGAAACUUCUUAUAGCCAUGGCCAGAUUUUAUGCUAAAAUUGGUAGUUUGUCAAAGACAAAUUCUCUUAGUCUAAUCCAACUUGCCAGCCCUGAAUUCCUUUUGAGGCCACGGAAGGCUGAAUGUCAGCAGCUGGGCCUGUGGUAAUUCCGUGAAAGAGAACAGGUGACAAGGGUCUCCUGAAUGCUGAAACCACGCUGGAAUUCUUCAUGUUGGGUUCAUUUGAUUGUUUAACACAAGGUGUUUUGUGUCUUAGUCUACAGUUUUUAUUUUGGGGUGAAGUCACUUUGGAGCAGUAAUUGAUAGCGUGUCUGGGUUAAGUAUCACUGGUCAGAGAACCCCGGUGUGUUAAGCAUGGAUAUCGCACUGCAAGACUUGACUCUAAACGUAGCAUCACACAGAUCACACAGGUCAUUACUACAAGCAACAUAAAGACCCUGAAAGAAGGUGCACAGGCUGUAGGGAGAAAAACAAUAACAACAACAACAAAAGCCCAAAUUUUUUUUAUAUUUCAGUGAUUCCAAAGAACAUUCUAGUUU